AUGAUAAAUUUAAAAAAAACUAUCAUAAAAUCUCUAAGUCUAGUAUUUGUUGAAUUUGCUUGUAUUUUUGCUUUUGCUAUUUUCUAAAUUCCUCUCCCUCUCUCCUCAUUUAGUAUUUUACUAAUUUAAAUCUUGACAGAUGUCAUCCCAACAUUUAUUUGUUUGAAUCCUAAGCCAUCAGGCCGUGACUUAAAAAAGAUUUACUAAAAGGUAGAACCUGUAACCAAGGAAACAUUUAUUUCUUCUCUAUUCUCAGUUAGAGUUAUUGCAUCUUUGAUAAUAGGUUUUGUUAGUUAUAUUUACACCUUUUAGUCAUUUGGAUUCAGCUCUGUGUUUGGCCUAGCAAACAUAAAAGGGUAUCAGCCACCAGCUUUCUAAAAUAAACAUACAACAGGCUAAGAAGUGUUUUAUAAUGAAAAUCUAGAGAAAAUAUCCAGAAAUUGUUUUGAAAAUUAAGAUUAGACAGAAUAAAUUAAAUUUAAAAUAGAUUGGUUAAGCUAAAAAUAGAGACACUACGAUUUAAGAUAAGUACUUCUGUAAUGCGAUCCUUAAACAAAAAAAUGGGUUCCAAGUGUGAAAUGGGGAACUUGCAACACCAACCUUAGUGGUUGCUACUCAACUCAGGCAUAUUAUUGGGCUUAAAUGGCAUUUUUUGGUUCAGUCAUUUUGCUCUACCCCCAGAGAGACAAUAUGUUAACUUUUUAAAAAUUUUUUAACACUGAGAAUAAUUUUGAUGAAGGUGAAAAUUUCAACCCUGAUGACUAAGAUUUCUAAAAUCUAUAUAAAAAUGCUGCAUUGUCUUGUAAUGCAAAAUUCGUUUUAGAAGGAGAUCAAAAUAAUGUCGAUUAUUCUACAUGCAAAAUGCUUGGUGGAGUAAGUGAUUAAGCUCUUUUAAGAUUUUUACAUAGUAUAAAGAACGUUGAUAACUUUAAAAAGAGCAUUCAGUAUGCCAAAAAUAUAGAAGGUAAAGCAGCUAAGUUAGAACUUAACUCAAUUAACAAAUACAAAUUUUCUAUUGUUGAAGAAGAAGUAGAAGAUAGUCACUAUGUUGUUUACUUUGAAGGUGCUGCAGAAAAAAUUAUCUCACUUUGCUAAUUCUACAUGAAAAAUAAUUCUAAAUUAGAAAUUGAUAGCGCUUUUAAAGAAAAUGUUUUAAAUUGUUUGGAAUAACUAGGUAAAAAAAGCGAAAGAGUUUUAGGUUUCGCUAAAUUACAUCUUCCAGCAAGCUAAUUUCCUAAAGGACAUGUCUUUAAAUUUGCUGAUAGAACAGAUUUACCUUUUUCUGUUGAAAAACUGACAUUCUAAGGACUUUUUAGUUUAAAAGAUUAAAUAAAACCAGAAGUCAAAUCAGUAGUAGAAUUUGCUAAGUAAAUUGGUAUCAGAACAAUAUUGCAGACAGGAGACUCGCAAUUAACGGCUCAAUAUACUGCUCGCGCAAUUAAUAUUUUACCUUCAAAUAUUGAAUCAACUUCAGAUUUAAUGGAAAAAGACCCUAAUCUUUCUAUUGAGGAUGCAAUUAAUAAAACAGAAAGUAUUCUAAUUAGUGGAGACUAAAUGCAAAAACUGAAUGAAAAGCUCUAUAUCAAUAAACAAAACCUUGCAUUUUAUAGAGUCACUGCAGAAUAAAAAUUUUAAAUUGUAAAAAACCUUUAGUCCAACUCUGAAGUAGUAUUAGCAGUUGGAGAUGGUACGAACGAUGCUCCUGCUUUAAAAAGAUCAGAUAUAUCUCUAUCUAUGUACAAAAAAGAUUUGAUUCAGUAGUACACAUGA